GGGGAAUGUCUCUCUCCAUAUCUGUCUCAGAGGGUUCUGGGACGUCCACGAGCUGUGACCAGGGCACCGCGUGGGGUCCACGAGGGGCCUGGGCAGCAUGGUGCCCUCCGGCCAGGCGGUGGAGAAGCCGGUGACCCCGGAGCCGGAGCUGAAGUCCUGGCGGUUCCUGGUGUCCUUCCUCUGCUUCUACGGCUUCAUGGCCCAGAUGCGGCCCGGGGAGAGUUUCAUCACGCCCUACCUCCUGGGCCCGGAGAAAAACUUCACGCGGAAGCAGGUCACCAACGAGAUCAUCCCGGUGCUGUCCUACUCGUACAUGGUGGUGCUGGUGCCCAUCUUCCUGCUGACGGACUACCUGCGCUACAAGCCGGUGCUGGUGCUCCAGGGCCUGAGCUACGUGUCCGUGUGGCUGCUGCUCCUGCUGGGCACGUCGGUCCUGCACAUGCAGUUCCUGGAGUUCUUCUACAGCGUCACCAUGGCCUCCCGCAUCGCCUACUCCUCCUACAUCUUUUCGCUCGUGCGGCCCGCGCGCUACCAGCGCAUGGCCGGCUACUCGCGGGCGGCCGUGCUGCUGGGCGUCUUCAGCAGCUCGGUGCUGGGCCAGCUGCUCGUCACCGUGGGCGGCAUCUCCUUCACCCUGCUCAACUACAUCUCGCUGGGCUUCCUCCUCUUCAGCCUGGUCCUCGCGCUCUUCCUGAAGCGCCCGAAGCGCAGCCUCUUCUUCAACCGCAGCGAGCCCGUGAGCAGCGGGGCCUCGCCCUCCGAGGUGGACCACAUGCACCCGGGCCCCGGGGCGCCCGCCCGCCGGAAGCUCGGCGCAGCGCCCGCGGCCUGGCGGGACUGGGUCCUCGCGCGCAUGCUCCGCGAGCUGGGUUCCAACCUGCGCGUGCCGCAGCUGCGCCUCUGGACCCUCUGGUGGGUCUUCAACUCGACCGGCUACUACCUCAUCAUAUACUACGUGCACAUCCUGUGGACCGUGAUCCAGCCCACCACAAGCUCCACCGCCGUCUACAACGGCGGGGCGGACGCCCUCUCCACGCUGCUAAGUGCCAUCGCUGCCUUCGCCGCGGGCUUUGUGGACAUCCGCUGGGCCCUGUGGGCGAAGCUGGUCAUCGCGGUCGUGACGGCGGCCCAGGCCGGGCUGGUCUUCCUCUUGUACAGCACGAAGAACAUCUGGCUGUGCUACUUGGCCUUUGUGCUCUUCCGCGGCUUCUACCAGUUCCUCGUGCCCAUCGCCACCUUUCAGAUCGCGUCUUCGCUCUCUAAAGAGCUUUGUGCCCUGGUCUUCGGUGUCAACACCCUGUUCGCCACCAUCCUGAAUACCAUCAUCACCCUCAUCGUUUCCGACAAGUGGGGCCUGGGCCUCCCGGUCCACUCGCAGUUCCUCGUCUACUUCAUGUACUUCGUGGUGCUCUCCGUUGCCUACUUGGUGGCCGGGCUCAGGGACCUGUGGCACUUCCGGCGGAGCCUCCACCAGCCCCUGCCCCUGUCCCAGGAACUGAGAAGCCCCUUGGAGGAGAAGGCCGCCCAGGCGCUGAGCACGCAGCAUGGGGACCUCCGCAGCCUGCAACCCGACGCCCCGCCACUGACCCCAGAGGACAUUACAUGGACCUCAGCGCCAGCCCCCAGGGAGCAGAGCCAGCAGCCCGAGGCCAAGGCCUGACCCGCCUGAAACCAGAGACAGACUGCCGUUCAUCCUCCAACACCCCCUCACUGAGCCUGGGGCCUUCGCAUCUUAGAUGACAUCUCAGACUGUCACGUUCCUGGCAGGCUGCCCGUCCCCUUGGAGCCAGCAAGCUGGGGUCCCCGGCAUUGUUGGAAUUCCAUUGUUCAGAUUAUGGAACCAAUGACCAGUCGGGCCCUGUGUGGUCUGUCCCCGUGACACACGCCUCGAGGGCUGCCUGCCUUAACGAGGGGCACAGCAUUGGCCCAAGCCCUGCGCCCCUCAGGAUUUGCAUUCUGACGGUACCUGUAACCUGCUGGGGACACUCCAGCAGCUGCCGGGCCACUGGGGGCUACUGUGUCCCCUGCCUACAUGUGGCUGGUGGUGGGAUUCCACAUACCCACCAGGCCUUCACCCCCCCUUAGAAGGCAGAUCCCACUUGUCCUUGGGGACUGGUGAGGUGGCCCCAGAUGCCAGCCCAGGGAACACCAGCCCUGCAGGGUGUCAGGGGCCCUGCAGGGAGGGCGGGUGUAAGAGCCCGGAUUCCCAGGGCCCCUGGCUAAACUGAUAUUUCCAGUGUCUAGGUACUCGCAUUUUAAACAACGCUGCAUUCCUUUUUAUUUUUAAGUGACAUAAAUGAGAAACCUCA